UCACAAGCGGAAGAGGAGAUCUCAUAGUAGCACACAAGAGAACAGGCAUUGUAAACCACAUCACCAGUUCAAAGAAUCUGAUUGAUGUUCCAUUGGGACUGUUUACCAGAUUGCUUUCUAAAUUAGCCAGCUGGGGUUACUUUAAAAAACAGUAUGUAAUUUCUUUCCUUCUCCACGUUAACAGACUUGUUCUGCCAAACUGAGCUUAUUUGUAGUCAGUGCAGACAAAUCAUGCUUCAUACACAUUGUUAUAUAAGGGGAAGGGGGAAGGUUUAUGACAGGAUUUCAAAGACCAGAGAUAAUUAAUAAUGCACAGUACACUAAAGAAAACUGUCUGUACCCCACUAUUAAUAAAUAUAAAAAACCCUAAGGCUUAAUUAACAUCAUAGUACUGGUUAUUCAUAGGAUAAUUACACACUGUAUAUAUACAAAGGAAGUGAUAAGAGUGAUGAACAGUUCAUUUGUGCUCAUAGUUAACUACAUAAACAUGAUACUGCGUCCAGUUAACCACCAGGCCAAUGCCUUCUUUGACAUUUGUACCAGGUGUGUUUGGUGGUCAACGUUCACCAUCAUCCAGAAUAUUCUAAUUUUUGAAGAUCAAAAACUUUGAGUGUUUUUAUAAAAUAACAAAAAACUGAGAAAUGCAGAAAAGUAUAAAGAUGGUAAUCUCUGUAGGAAAUUAGUCCCCAUUAUUUAGCUGUAAAAUUAUAAUUAAAAAAAAAUCUUUGUGUCUAAAUCUUUGCCAUUGAUUAUUUCCUGAAAAUACACUCCAGGAAGAAGCAUUUUUAAGUUAAAGGGUGUGAACUCUUAAAAAUUUCUUGCUACAGGUUCAUAUUUCUUUUUCUAGAGAGUUUGCCAAAUUAUACAACGUGCUCCUUCAUGCUCUCACCAAUCUUGGCUGUUUUGAAAGGCCAAGAAUAAUGUUUUGAUUAAACUGAAUUUUUAAAUUUCUAACGAAUUUGUCCGCUGUCAUAUAUUUAUUGAUCAUUUGAACAUCUUUUUAUUCUUAGCCUACUUAUUAAAGUAUUUUUUUAUUGAUUUAGAAGAGCUUUUUAUGACAUUAUUUUAACCAUUUGUCAUAUAUAUAUUGCAUAGUGUCUUUUCUGUAUGAUUUGUCUUUUGGAGGCAGCCUGUGAAUUGGUCUCCCUGUCUACAGGCUUAGUUAAUCCAUUCUGCAUUAGAAAGACUGAUGCGGCUGUAAACCCUACCUUUAUAGAUUGUGGUCGGAAGCCUGUAACAUAAAGUAUCAAGUCUUAAACUAGUGAUUCUCCAACUUUAGUGUGAAUAAGAAUCACCUUGGAGGUAUAUUGACCAGAUUUAGAGUCAGUGAGUAUGACCUAAGGCCCAGGGUUACCAUUUUUAAUAAGAACUCCAUAUUUGAUACUGUUGAUAAAUAGACCGUCCUUUGAGAAAGACUCUUCAGCCUAGCACGCAGGGUUUUUAACGAUGCUACUCUCAGCUUACUUAUUUGUCUACAUUCCCCUGUGUGAAAGUUACUCUUGCUGGGAUUGUCUUUUUCCUGAGUAAUGCAUAGACAAAUGCAUCUCUAGGCCAUUGUGGCUAAAAGUGCCAUAUGAAUUUAAGAUGGUAAUAUGCCAUUCUUCUCCCCUGGAAUUUCUUCUGUAUUCUACUUUGUCCAAAUCCUGGCUUCCCUUUAAGAUGCAACUCUUAUUUCCAUCUUUUUUGUAAUUAUUCUCUGACCAUUUUAAACAGAUUUUUUUCCCCAUCUCUGACUCUAAGCACUCAUGUGUUGUAACCUUUUAGAAUUUCCUACAUUGUUGGAUUUUGUUUCAUUUUUAUGUGAGUAAUCUCAAAUUGUUCAUUAUUUGUUGGCAGGGACUUUGCCUUAUAUAAUUUUUUUUUUAUCUCCCACAGGACCUGUGUGGAUAUAAAAACGAAUGCCCUUACCCUCAUCCGUCUUGGCUAUUUGAAAGGCUAUAGUGAAAUACUCACUGGGCAUUCAGUGGAUAUUUUAAAAAAUUAAAUCAGUCUGUUCAUCCUGUCUACCCUGCCCAUAGCCUGUGUAAUUCCGUAGACUUUGUCUAUAUAAUCUCUCAGCCUUGCUCAUUGGCCGUUAUCUAUUGAAGAGACUCUCAUCCUUUUCGUUUGUCCUCAUGGUGUUCACUCCAUGUUUUGCUACUCUCUACGUUGUUUAUGGCUUAGCAGCUCCGAUUCCAUGCAGUAUUCCCGCUAAAGAUUGUUAGUGCUAGUUUUUUCUAAUAGAAGGAUUUUGGACUUUUACGGGAAGGAUGCCCUUAAGAGUAUGGUCACGUCUAGCUUAUUGUAUUGGUGGUCUCUCCCUGACAGUUCCAAGCCAACUGAUCAGAUCUCUAACCUAGACUACCCACAGUCUUACCCAAAUAUCCUGAGUUGUUUCUCCAAUAAAUACAACUUAAAGCUGAUGCUAGGGAAAGAGAACCGGGUUUCUGUAUCUCCCCAGCCUGGAUUUGAUGCUAGCCCUAUUGGGUAGUAGUUGUAAAGAUGCUUCUAUUUCUGCCUAAACCAGCCCCCUGGGAAAAAGAAUGACAGUGUAUUCUGGGGAAAGGAAAGGGGUUGGUGAGGGCAAUCUAGUCAACACCCGUCACUCCAUUGCUUGUUAGGAUUAUUUUAGCCGAUUUGUCUGACUGGGCAGGUGUCCCCUCUCUUCCUCAGUGCUCCAUGUGCAUCCCUCUUGAAGCUUCGCACUCUGUUGAAGAGGACACUCAUCCCAGUCAUUAUUUAGAAGCAAGGUCCUUGAAUGAGCGAGAUUAUCGGGACCGGAGAUACGUUGACGAAUACAGGAAUGACUACUGUGAAGGAUACGUUCCUAGACAUUAUCACAGAGACAUUGAAAGCGGUUAUCGAAUCCACUGCAGUAAAUCUUCAGUCCGCAGCAGGAGAAGCAGUCCUAAAAGGAAGCGCAAUAGACACUGUUCAAGUCAUCAGUCACGUUCGAAGAGCCACCGAAGGAAAAGAUCCAGGAGUAUAGAGGAUGAUGAGGAGGGUCACCUGAUCUGUCAAAGUGGAGACGUUCUAAGAGCAAGAUAUGAAAUCGUGGACACUUUGGGUGAAGGAGCCUUUGGCAAAGUUGUAGAGUGCAUUGAUCAUGGCAUGGAUGGCAUGCAUGUAGCAGUGAAAAUCGUAAAAAAUGUAGGCCGUUACCGUGAAGCAGCUCGUUCAGAAAUCCAAGUAUUAGAGCACUUAAAUAGUACUGAUCCCAAUAGUGUCUUCCGAUGUGUCCAGAUGCUAGAAUGGUUUGAUCAUCAUGGUCAUGUUUGUAUUGUAUUUGAACUGCUGGGACUUAGUACUUAUGAUUUCAUUAAAGAAAACAGCUUUCUGCCAUUUCAAAUCGACCACAUCAGGCAGAUGGCAUAUCAGAUCUGCCAGUCAAUAAAUUUUUUACAUCAUAAUAGAUUAACCCAUACAGAUCUGAAGCCUGAAAAUAUUUUAUUUGUGAAGUCUGACUAUGUAGUCAAAUAUAAUUCUAAAAUGAAACGUGAUGAACGCACACUGAAAAACACAGAUAUCAAAGUUGUUGACUUUGGAAGUGCAACGUAUGAUGAUGAACAUCACAGUACUUUGGUAUCUACCCGGCACUACAGAGCUCCCGAGGUCAUUUUGGCUUUAGGUUGGUCUCAGCCUUGUGAUGUUUGGAGCAUAGGUUGCAUUCUCAUUGAAUAUUACCUUGGUUUCACAGUCUUUCAGACUCAUGAUAGUAAAGAGCACCUGGCAAUGAUGGAACGAAUAUUAGGACCCAUACCACAACACAUGAUUCAGAAAACAAGAAAACGCAAGUAUUUUCACCAUAACCAGCUAGAUUGGGAUGAACACAGUUCUGCUGGUAGAUAUGUUAGGAGACGCUGCAAACCAUUAAAGGAAUUUAUGCUUUGUCAUGAUGAAGAACAUGAGAAACUGUUUGACCUGGUUCGAAGAAUGUUAGAAUAUGAUCCAACUCAAAGAAUUACCUUGGAUGAAGCAUUGCAGCAUCCUUUCUUUGACUUAUUAAAAAAGAAAUGAAAUGGGAAUCAGUGGUCUUACUAUAUACUUCUCUAGAAGAGAUUACUUAAGACUGUGUCAGUCAACUAAACAUUCUAAUAUUUUUGUAAACAUUAAAUUAUUUUGUACAGUUAAGUGUAAAUACUGUAUGUUUUGUAUCAAUAGCGUAAUUAACUUGUUAAGCAAGUAUGGUCUUGAUAAUGCAAUAGAAAAAUUAAAAUUAAUUUUUCUUUUUGAAAUUACCAUUUUUAAAUACCUUUGAAAUAUCCUUUGUGUCCAGUGAUAAAUGUGAUUGAUCUUGCCUUUUGUACAUGGAGGUCACCUCUGAAGUGAUUUUUUUUGAGUAAAAGGAAAUCUUGACUACUUUAUAUUCUUAAAGGAAUAUUCUUUAUAUACUUCAAAUUUAGAACUUAACUUUAAAAGUUUUUUUUUCUGUAAUUGUUGAACGGGUGAUUAUUAUUAACUCUAGAUAAGCAGGUACUAGAAACCAAAACUCAGAAAAUGUUUACUGUUAGAAUUCUAUUAAAUUUUAAGUGUUGUAUUCUUUUUCAUUGGGUGAUAUCAGGGUGAUAAGCAGACAUUCAUGGAAAGGCAUGCAGUUUGUCCAUUGUGACAGUUUGUUUAAUAAAACCACAUACACACUUUAUUUAAGAUUAAAAUCUAACUGGAAAGUCAGCUUGGAAAAUGGACAUUUCCAAGUAUGUUUGGUGAGUCACAGAUAUAAAAAUAGAAAUUCUGAUGAGAGGUUUCAGUUUUUAAUACCAAGUCCUUAGGAGUCUUAACAUUGACCAGCAUCUGUUUAUCGAAUGACAUAAGUAUGUAAACCUAUAAGAAUUAAGGUUAUUAGGCAAUUUAUGUUUGUGAUAAUUCUUACGGGAGAAAGAGGAUUUGAUUGGAAAUCAUUUUGGGAAGAAAGUGCUGCUGAAAUUUCCAGAAUUUAAUUGAUUGGUUAACAUAAACUUUUUGACUCUA